CUGCUGCUUUGUUGCCCGGGGCAUACUGAAUAUAUUACACAGUGUGUGCACAUGCACGUGCUUCUUCAGCGCUCGCCGGAUUAAUUAACUCCUGGAACUUUGAAAAUCCUAUCACGGCGUAGAAAAUUAGGAUAUUUUACUUUUCUUUAACAGAUUUUCAUCGACAUGAAGGGGAUAUAUGGUGCUCUAGUGUUAUGUCUUUUCCUCUCCAUGGUGGCUUUCGGUUUACAAAUUGCUGCCAGUGUCACCAAAGGUUGGAAGAUUAUUGAGGGUGAACAUUUAGUCCAAAGGUCACCUUGGGUGACGCCAGCCAUGUUUAAAAUGGAAGAAAAUGAGAAUAAACAUGCCGCCAUACAUGUAGGGGUCUGGGGACUAACAAUCUGUGUCAGUGGACGAUGUAUUGACAUUGAUGACUAUAGGCCCGACCCAAGCAAACUUAUUAAAUAUUUUGAAGGAACGCCCAGUGAAAUACAGGCUUUAUCCGUCUUUGGCUGUAUGGUGGCUGGAGUUGCCGUUCUUUGUUUCUGGCCUUUCUUCCAGACUCUGGACCAAAAGAGGAAUUGUUACGGAAUUUACGUGUCUACACUUCUUUUUAUGUCAGGGUUAGCCUGCUUGGCUCUAGCUUACAUAAUGUACCAGACUGUUGAAUCCAUAGAAGAUCUUUACAUAGACCGGAAACAGAAAAUCAAAACAUCAUUUCCGUAUUCUUUCAUCUUGCUACUCAUUGGGUUUGUUGCCUCGUUCGCUGGAUGCUUGACUUCAGCAAUCGCAGUCUGUAAGCUGAGUCAGGAUAUAGAACACGAGGAAAAGUUGCGGAUUGAACGAGAAAGAAAAAUGGACAAAGACGACAUCUUUGCACAACAUCAUAUCAUCUCGAAAUCAAAGACACAAAGACCCGCAGUAUCAAUGAAAAACCAAGAGCAAGUUGUUUAUUCCAUUCAUCUAUAAACAGCCUCGGCUUUGCGUAGCUGAAUAUUCAUUAGGAUUUUAUAAUUUUAUUUUUUUAAAUUCGGUUUACUUCAAUUUCUGAAAAAAAGAAGACCAUCAAACAUUUGGUCGCUUAUCUUUAGUAUUUUCGCUGAUGAUGACUACUACGGUCUUAGACACUAACUGUACUUCAAUGAUCCGAAGAUACUUUUUGUGUGUAUGUGAAAGCCAGUCCAGUUUAUAGAUUGUCUUGCAUUUGUUAUAUUUUUUCGUAUGAUAUAAACUGAUCUUAUUGAUGUUCAUGAGGAAAUUGAAAAAAAAAUGUGUACAACUUCACAUUUUCUUGCUUUUUAAUGUCAGUUUUUAUAACAUAGAAACUCAAUAGACGGAAGAAUUCUAAUAUGACCAUUGUGUUGGUACAACAUUUAUAUUCAAGAUUAAAAAAACAACUUUGUUAUUAUUUGUGCUCAUAUUGAAAACUGAUUUUUCUUGCCUGACUUUGCAUGCCGUUUAAAUGAAGAAACGUCAACUUUGAAGUAUAAUUCAAGUUCUGUAUUAUGUGCGGUGGAGGCCUGUUUAUUGUUUUGAGGAAUGAUAACUGUUAUACAUGUAUAAAUGUCUAAUAUUGACGUGAACGCAUAUCUCAACGUUUACAUGGAAGUUUGAAUGUUAUAUUAUUUUUUAUGAUUUUUUUUGGUACAUUUUCGUGACCAUAUAUGCGGCUUUUUGACGAUAUUAUUAGAUUAUUCCAAUACGAUGUGUAUAGUAGGAAAUCAGUUCUGUUAUACAGGAUGUACGGUUGACUUGUACAGUACUCUUGUUUACGUAGACAAAGUGAAUAUUUUUGUAUAUCACAGUUAUUGUCGACUAUGACAUUUUGAUGGAUAUGUUAUAUAAUUCUUUUCUUGAUUUUGGCUAGUCUUUACUGUAAUAAAAGUAUUGAAAAAAA